UAACCCCAGUGCACUCUGCCAGCCGAGGGCUCUCUGCUCAGCUGCCUCACUCUGAACUGUUGGCGAGGUGGCAGACUAACACAUUCACAUACACAUACACAUACACUCCUACACACAACUUUUUUCUGGGUGUUUGCUCCACGUGCUCGUAUGGACAGCGCAAGGAAAAGGUACGAUUUGGAGGAAGUGGAGAUUGACUUGGAGGAAUCCAGUGACACGAGUGAAUAUGACAAUGAGGAGGAACCUCAGACGCUGUGGAGGGCCAAUCCCUCUCUGGACGAAGAGGAGGACAUUCAUACGUCUACGCUGGUGGAAAUCAGUGACACAAAGCCUCUGAUUAAUGUCAGGGAUCCACGUGGUAUCAACGACUGCCUCAAGGUGACAUUCGAAGACGUGAUUGCUGAGCCAGUGUCAGUGCGCAGCGGGGACAGAGUAUGGAUCUGGAGCCACGCUCUGUUUGAGGUGUCCAGAGUUUGGAUUUACAGGAUAGUUACUGUGCUUCUGGCCAUUCCCAUGUCACUCAUCUCUGGUCUGCUCUUUGCCAUCCUCAGCUGCCUCCACAUCUGGAUCGUCAGCCCUUGUAUCCAGUGUCUCUACAUGGGCACCAGAUGGCUGCAGGCCCUCUGGAGCAUUGUGCUGGGCGUCGUCGUGCGCCCGCUCUUCACAAGCGCCGGGAAAUGCUGCGGAGGCUUCAGCAUUCACCUGGCCAAAGAAUGACGCUCACGUGUGUGUGAGUGUCAGCGGUGCACGGACUGAGCCCAGCAGGGGCGUUUCUAGACUUUCAUACACAAUCACAAUAAAACAUGUUCCAUUUUAAAACAGUUUUGGUUGAUGUCCAACAGAAUAUGUUGGUUCUUUUUUUUUUUAAUGAUCAAACCAUGAUUAGGUGAUGUGUUUUUACAUUUCAUCAUCAGAGAAUGAAAGUAUUUUACUGAGAAAAGGAUUAUUUGCAAAUUAAGACACACUAAAUUCACCAUUGGUGUGACACUGGGACACUUUUUUUGUGCUGCAUGCAUCAAAGCAGUGUUUCCAACUCUCGGGUAUUAACGUUCUCUGUAACCGAAUACUCAUAACCACAUAUUGUGCAGAUUUGCCACCAAAAUUAAAGCUGUAUUCCCUUUCCAACUUCCCCACAUCACCUCAUGAGUAUGUUCCGCUGACAGCAUUUAUUCAAGGACAAACAAACACUCACACGGAGAGGACCGCCUCUUUUUUGUGCAUCUCUGGUUCACGAUUGGAUGAAACUGUUUUGGGAUCAGACUCCGGAGACUGAGAGAUGUCACUGACCCAAACACUCAGAAUCAGUCAUCGCUGCUGGAAGUGAUUUAACGUGCGUUUGAUCUAAAAGUGUUCCGCUGACCGUAGCGUAUCUUUUAAAUACAAACAAAUGUCUGUUACAUUCAAACACUGUCAAAGGAGUUCACACAACGCCGAUCAAGUCUGAUCAGCUCUGCAGGAAUCUGUCUCUCUGGAUCUCGUGUUGCCCGGCAACGUCCCUGCACUACACACAGAGGGAACAGCAACAUUGUGCUAGUUAAGUCAAUUUGUUGAAGUUGGAAUACGACUGAAAAAAACAAAAAGAAGCGCCCACUAAAGAACUAUUAGAAGUUAAUUCUACUAUUCAUUAAGCAGUUUGACGGCAUAAAUGCUUCUUACUCUCCCUCAGUCAGGUCUGAUAGUACUGCUUGACAGAGCUUGUUUUAAAUCAGGAGUGUCAAACAUAUUGUCCGUGAGCCAGAACUGGCCCACCAGGAGGAUGGAUUUGUGAAAAUUUCACAUUAUGAUUACAAUCAAAUCAUGAUUAGAGUCUAAUCAUAAUGUGAAAUACUAUAUUUUUCAGUUCUAGAUACCUGUGACUAAAUGUUCUGUUCCUUUGUAACUCCACUGUGAUCUGAGAGUUGUAACACACAUGUACAUGGUAAAUUAAGCAUUAUAUUCUUGAAA